AUGAUCAACUCUAGCAACUCCCAGCCAACGUACAUUGGCUCAGACUUCACGACCACUAUCGGUAACCCUAAUGGCGCAGGUAGACCCAGCGUGAGAAUAUCGACCAAAAGAUCAUGGACUCAUGGUUUGUUCAUUGGAGACUUCAACCACUCGCCCGCUGGAAUCUGUGGGACAUGGCCAGCAUUCUGGACCUUGGGUCCCAAUUGGCCAUACAAUGGUGAGAUCGAUAUUAUGGAGGGUGCAAAUCUCAAUGCCUACAAUGGGAUGACACUACACGCGUCUCCAAACUGCACGAUUGCAGGAGACAGCAGAUUGAUGUCGGGACAGCUUCAAACCGUGAAUUGCGCUUACUAUCCAAACUACAAUGUCGGUUGCAGCAUCAGUGACAGACGCAGUCUAAGUUACGGCACGAGCUUCAACGGCGGCGGCGGCGGGGUCUAUGCUAUGCAGUGGACAUCCGACUAUAUUGCAAUAUGGUUCUUCGCUCGAGGUUCAAUCCCGGCGGAUAUCACCACCAAGAAUCCCAAUCCUUCCGGAUGGGGAUUACCGGCAGCCAAGUUUCAGGGGUCGUGCAAUAUCGAUCAAAAGUUCCAGGCACAUAAGAUUGUCAUGAACAAUGCUUUCUGCGGUGAAUAUGCGGGAGCUUCGGGUGUGUGGAACUCUUCGACAAAUUCAUGCGCGGCGUCCACAGGAUACGGGACGUGCAGUGCAUACGUGGCUGCUCAACCCGGGGCAUUUCAGAAUGCAUACUGGAGCAUCAAUUCCGUGCGGGUAUACCAAAUUGCCGACUCUGAUUCAAACGCAACUUCUUCUCCAUAUAUUGCUAGCUUGCAGCCGACUUCGACAAUCAGUACGACCAGUUCCACGCCAGCUCCGACACCCACUACGGCGUUAUGUCCAGGAUAUAACUUCACCGUCGUCCAGUCGGGCGCCUUCAAGUAUGAGAUCGAAUGCGGCGUCAACCCUGCAGGCCAUGAUAUUGGUGCACCGUAUCAAGGAUUUCAGGUCAACUCUUUCGAAGACUGCAUCGCAGGAUGCAGCUAUUGGAAUGAUAACAUUACUGCCAAUUACUGUGGUGCUGUCACGUACCAGGUCAGCACCAAGGCUUGUUAUUGGAAAAGGGAUUGCUAUGCUCAGCCUGCCGAUGCACGAUACAAUGGUGCUCGGCUUAUUUACUACGCUUACCCUCAGGUGACGGACGAUCCGAGAAGCCAGACGUCAAGCAGCAGUAGUACUUCGUAUGUGCAGACUACGCCGACUCCGAAUACCUAUCUUCCUCCGUCAGGGACUACAAGUACGAGUUUUGUACUGAUUAGUGAGACUCCGCUGUCAUCAUAUACUGAUGGUGUUGGCAUGGGAGGUGGUGGGGAUGGAGCCACGACUACGACAUCAUCGGGAUGCGACUUCGAGCCCAUCCGGUGCAGCUGCAUCUUCUUCCAAUUCGAUCUCGGUUGUCUCGGUCGGUUCAACGUCGACUUCAUCGGUUAUAUCGGGAACAUCCUUGUCGACGACGAACGGACCAUCACAGUCAUUGACGACAAGAUCGGCAUUAGGUAG